AUGAUGGCCGCCUUUGCAGAGGGCCUGGUCCUGGCGGACGGCCUGGGCCUCAGCCAGCAGGACCUGCUGGAUGUGGUGGCGCUGGGGGCGAUCGCCUCCCCCAUGUUCGCACUCAAGGGGCCCAACAUGGCCAAGGCGCGUGGGGGAACCUUCCCGACCGCUUUCCCCCUGAAGCACCAGCAGAAGGACCUGCGGCUGGCGAUCGCGGCCGCGGACGCGCGCGGGCAGCCGCUGGGCGUGGCGGCGGCCGCGAACGACCUUUACGUGCGCGCCAAGGGGCUGGGGCACGGGGACGCGGACUUCAGCGCGGUCUUGAGGGCGGUGGCGCAGCAGCAGCAGCAGCAGCAGCAGUAG